AUGAAGUUUCUCAACACCGCCAUCGUUGUGACUGCCCUCGUCUUCGCCAUGACCGUUCAGGCCCAUUGUCCACCCGAGGUCUGCAACCACUUGAAGAAGCGCACUUUCCCUUGGCACAAAAAUAUCGUAGAGAGCUUCGAGGCCAAUGAGACUGAAGUUGCUAAGAUUAGGUGCCGAGGAGUAUAUGGUGAGUCACUACCUCCUGAUAAAUCACUUUGCCAACUGACAGAAAGUAUCAGAGGAGAGCGGAUUCAGAUUUAUGAAGCUUGUUCAUAG